AUGCACAAUUUAACGGAACCAGUGGUGGCAGCUGAUCGGUUACAAGAAUUUGGCGCCGCUUACGCAAAUCGUAAUGACUGCACGUACGGUGGAGCAGAAACGCAUAUUCCGCACAGUUACUGGGAUAAACUUUCUGCAGCAAUCACGUCAACUGCAACAGAAUUUUUCAACGAACAACUAUUUAAAGCUAUGUCCUCGAAGAAAACCACAACGGCUGCUAGUUUCUCAAAAAACGAUAAUGAUGACAAUUCCAUAAGAGAGCUGUCGGUGAAUGUUUCGGCUUGGAGUAUAUUGGGUCAAUUUAUAUCAAAUCAGAUUCGAUUUGGAUAUGAAAUGGAGAAAAUGUUAAAAGCUGAAUUAAAAGAAUUUAGCUUGAAUCAUCGAAAUGUUAAGUGA